GCUGUCCUGGCGCUAUAUAAGGCUGGCGGCGGUCCCGGGACAGACCCCGAAUUCCCCAAGGCGUCCUCCUCCCGUCCCGUGGGACCCACCGGAGCUCCACCGUGCGCCGGGCAGACGCCCUGACACCCCUGGCCGGCGGCACCAUGAGACCGAGGGGUUGCGCGGCGCUGCUGGUGGCGCUGCUGCUCUUGGCACCGCUACACCCGGGGAGCAGUCAGUGGAGCCCGGCGGAGGCAGCGGAGGCGGCGGCCGGGGUCCAGGACCCGCAUCUGCGAUGGAGCCCAGGAACGCGGAGCCAGGGCGGGGGAGCCCGUGCGCUGCUCUUGCUGCUGGCCGAGCGCUUUCCGCGCCUGGCGGGGCCCGCGCGGUGGGAAUCCGAGACCACCAGCGAGCGGCCGCGACGGGACGACCCCCCGCCCCUGUCCAUCGACCUCACCUUCCACCUGCUGAGGACCCUGCUGGAGCUCGCGCGGACGCAGAGCCAGCGGGAGCGCGCCGAGCAGAACCGCAUCAUAUUCGACUCUGUGGGCAAGUGAUCCGCCCCGUCCAGGUCCUUAACCCCCUUCCUCCACCCCGGAUUGGAACG